AUGAAGUUUUCAUUCAGUCUUGUCGUUGGCCUCGGAGCCUCAUGUUUGAGCGCUUCUGCCAUCGAGAAACGGAACUCCUCGAAGUCUUGGGCCGGGUCAAACAACUACUACCUUCACGCCUUACACCCAGAAGAACAGACUACCUACAUAGAUGCUCUGAAGGGCUUUGGUACAAAGGUCGUGCGACUCUGGGUAACUGGAGGCUCUGACGGCUGCGCCAAAUCCUCGAGCACCCAAUCCGUCCCUGUCUACGAGAGUACCUUCGGUGACUACCAAACCAGCACACUAGCUGCUCUCGACUCCGUGUUAUCCCAACUGCACGCUGCAGGCAUCAAAGCCAUCAUCUCUCCCCAUGACGCCAACCUCCUUCCCCCAGCCGGCUCCUCCACAGGCUACAACGGCAUCGAUAUCUACGGAAAAACCUACGGCUCCUCAGAUAGCUUCUAUAGCAGCGCCGACGCAAAGGCAAAAUACGAUGCCAGACUCGCCAGUAUCUUGAAUUACAAGAGCCCGGCGUUCGGCAAAGCAUGGAAGGAUCUCUCCGAAGUCAUCAUGGCAUUCGAUCUCCAGAAUGAACCUAUGAUCGCUAGCAAAGACAAGCUAGCUAACAACGACCCCGACGAUUGGCUCUGUGGCCGCGCAAACAACAUGAAGACGAUUCUUGGCACAUCCGCGGUAAAAAUAGCAACCGGUGGUAUCGGCGGCUCGGAAUACUCAGGCCACGAAUACAACAUCAUUGAUAAAGCGCUCAAGUGCUCAGCCAUCGACAUCCUCUCCUUGCACGGCUACAUGACGCAAGCCUCGCAAUGGGCAGCCUAUGUGCCCAAGCUAGCGGACCAAGCAGCGGCACAGGGGAAGAAGGUUAUGGUCGAGGAGUGGGGCGUAGGAACUGGUUCAAAUUAUGAUAGUGUUGCGAAGCAAGCGGCUGUUUUCAACAACGCUGGCGUGCCUUGGCUGUACUGGAUGGUUAUCCCGGGCAAGAGCGUGGACCAGACUUGCAAUGGGGAGACAUGCUGUCACCAGGGGCUCUCGACGGAUCAAAGUGAAGCCUUUGAGGUUGGCAUCUCGAGUUCAAGAGCAGACUUCAAAACGCUGUUUGGGAAUGCGAAUGCGGCGUCUGGAUACCAGGAUUGGACUGGCUUUGUGUAUUGA